AUGAAGCUCUGUAUGAUUCUCGUCCUUUUACCGAUUCUGCGAGUGAAUGCUUCCUUUGAGGUCGGGCCCUUGUUCACUACACUGUCUGGCUGCAGUGACUCUGGGAACGAAUCCCAGUUCCUCGUGAGUCUGAAUCAGAAUGAAAUAUUGUAUGAAGAUUUUGAGGCCCAGCAACAGAUCAGCAGAUUGCCUCCAUUUAUCGGUCAACUGGAUCUUCCAGAUUUUUAUGUGACAGCAGUUAAUAACAGAGACAGAUGUCUUCUGAACAUCAAGAGAACGAGAAAAUUGGUUGGAAGUCCAGCUGAGUCCGAAGAGCCUCCAGAAGUGAGCAUCUACCCAAAACACAACAUAGAGUCUGGAGUAGAAAAUAACUUCAUCUGCUUUAUGAAGAAUUUCUAUCCUCCACACAUCAAAGUUAACUGGAUGAGGAACGGUGAGUCAGUGACAGAGGGAGUGUACAACAGCCAGCUUUCAAUGAACACAGACGGAACUUUCAAUUCAUUCUCCAUCCUGACGAGUUCUCCGACUGAAGGAGAUGAAUACAGCUGCACGGUGGAGCAUGAAGCUCUGGACUCACCUCAGACUAGAACAUGGGGUGAACCAGUGGUAAUUCAGAGUGUAAUUCCGACGGUGGUGUUUGCAGUGGGAAUUGCUGUUGGAAUACUGGGAUUAGCUAUAGGAAUGUUCUUCAUCAUUAAAGCAUCAUGUUCCUGUUAAACUUUUUAACAGGAUCUGUAUGAAC